CCUUUGAUCUCUUUAUUAAGCGAAUAGUUUAGUUGGGAUUCUAGCAGCGUCUAGUGAUUGGUUUACCGUUCCAUUAGUCCAUUUCCAUCACGCAGGAAUCGCAAGAUGUUCACGCUUAAAAAGUCCAUAAAAAAUCCAACUGGGUUAUUUAACACAUGGUUUACGAUCACAUAUUGAGCAAAACACGUAUUAGCACUUUCACAUAAAAUUAAACUUAUAUUAACACCAUUUUACGAAAGAAUUGGUCUAAGUUUGAGCAUGAAUCGAGCGUAUACCGACUUGUACGUCCGCUCUGUUACCCGUCGGUAGCGGACUGGCGGGGCGGGCAGAGGGGGGAGUCGCACUUUUGGCGCCCUCUCUUUGAAACUCCAUUCGACAAGUCUCCGGCAAGUUCAUAUAAAGCACCUGUCCCUCCAAGUCUCGUAUUAUUCUCAAGCGAGACUCCGAUCCGCCUGUAACGGCAGCUAGCCUAAGCUAACUCAUAUCGUCCUUAAGUAUACUCAAUAUGUCUAGUGAAAAAUACAUUUUUAUCGCGUCGGUGUGCGUGGUGGCGAUAUUCGUCAGCAGAUCAACGGCAGGACCGGCGCCAAAGGUUGUCAACAUUGAGGACGUCCUAAACCGGACUGUCUGUCCCUUCAAAGUGGACAUCGACAUAAACGAGGAUCGAGUGCCGCGGCGGAUAAAAAUGAUCCGCUGCGCCGAACAACCCAACCACUGGUGCAGGGCGAACGCGAUCCCCGACCACGAGUGCUGCCAUCACAAGCACUCCAACCACGAGAUGGAAUGUGUGGAGGUGCGGGACAAGGCGCUAGUGUACUACAAGAGCUCAGAUCGGACGGACUACAUGGACGUGACAGUGGGCUGCACCUGUAUGAUAGGGACGGUGAACACAGUGCACGCGGGAUCAUAGGGCCUCCGUCGCGGCCGGCGCCGACACCGCCGCUGCCGCGCUCGGCACAUGGUACAAAGUUCCUAUUCGCACCCUCGCAAAUGCGGUCGGCGACAUAAGACUAAAAAAUUCGUGAGAAAAUCAUGAAAACAGUGCGCAUCAGUGAACGAUAAAUAGGGUCGUGGACCAGUCAAAUCUUUGGCUAUGAAGAAUCAGGUACUAUGAAGUUAGAAGAGAAACGCAUUCUGCAAAAUGACAAUAAUCCACCUUCUUUAAAUGAGUUUUUAUUGAUUGUAAAAUGUAAUUGAAAGCGCAAAAAUUUUUUUUUUGUUUUUUCAAUAUGUGUCCGUAAGUUUGAUUUAAUGACCGAUGUGAAACUAUUUAAUUUAUUUGAGUAUUGGAAUUGUAUAUAGGCUGAGAAUGAAGUGAACGCUUGUUUGUCAGAAUGUGUCUGUAAUUUAUUUAUUUAUUAACUAGGACAAUUUUAUGGUUGUGAUUUAAAUGGACUUUGCCGCGGACUAGCGGAGUAUACAUAGGUAUUCAUGAAAGGUUGCUUAAAUUAUUAAAAGUAUUAUGUUAGAGUAUUAAAUUAUUGUUAUGUUUGUAAGUUAGGUAAAUGUUAAGUGUGUUGUUAGUCAGCUAGUGAGAAAUUGUAAUUGUGACCAGUGAACUCGCAGGCCGAGCCAAAGUCCAUAAUGCCCUCUUUAUAAGAUUAUUGUAAUAGGAAAAAUAAAUUGU